GUGUUGGGGUGAAGCUGGAAAUGCAUCUCAAUCUCCGUGCUACGCAAAAAGCGAACAGUUGUUUGAGAGCUUGUUCUCUGUUCGAUUAUGCCAUCCAUGGCUGCUGAAAAUUCAGACGUCUCGAAGGCAGAACAAAUUAAACUCCAAGCGAAUGAAGCUUUCAAAGCUCAUAAAUAUUCUCAGGCAAUUGAUUUAUAUACACAAGCAAUCGAACUAAAUAGUGAAAAUGCUGUGUAUCUGGCGAAUCGAGCCCUAGCUCAUACCAAGUUGGAGGAAUAUGGUAGUGCAAUACACGAUGCAUCUAAGGCUGUUGAGAUUGAUCCCAAGUACUCAAAGGGUUAUUAUCGUCGUGGUGCUGCAUAUCUUGCAAUGGGAAAGUUUAAAGAAGCACUCAAGGAUUUUCAACAGGUGAAAAGAAUAUGUCCGAAUGAUCCUGACGCUUCUAAGAAACUGAAGGAAUGUGAAAAAGCUGUUAUGAAGCUCAAGUUUGAAGAAGCAAUUGCUACACCUAGUUCUGAACAACAUUCAGUAGCUGAAUCUAUCGAUUUUCGUACUAUAGAUGUGGAGCCACAAUAUGGUGGUGCAAGAAUAGAGGGAGAUGUAGUAACUCUAGAAUUCAUCAAGAAAAUGAUGCAUGAAUUCAAGAAUCAGAAAUCCUUACAUCAACGGUGUGCUUUUCAAAUUGUCAUGCAAACAAGGGACAUUCUAAUGGCUUUGCCUUCUCUUGUUGAUGUAAAAGUUCCAGAUGGAAAGCACUUCACAGUUUGUGGUGAUAUACAUGGUCAGUUUUUUGAUCUGUUAAACAUCUUUGAGCUCAAUGGUCUUCCCUCUGAUGAAAAUCCAUAUUUGUUUAAUGGUGAUUUUGUUGAUCGAGGGUCUUUCUCUGUUGAGGUUAUUCUUACACUUUUUGCAUUCAAGUGUAUGUCUCAAUCAGCCAUAUAUCUUUCUCGUGGAAAUCACGAAAGCAAGAGCAUGAACAAGAUUUAUGGGUUUGAGGGGGAGGUCAAAUCAAAGUUGACUGAUAAAUUUGUGGAACUUUUUGCUCAAGUUUUUUGCUAUUUACCAUUAGCUCAUGUUAUAAAUCAGAAAAUAUUUGUUGUUCAUGGAGGACUUUUUAGCACUGAUGGGGUCAAACUCUCUCAAAUUAAAGCAAUCAAUCGGUUUUGUGAGCCUCCAGAAGAAGGGUUAAUGUGUGAACUACUAUGGAGUGAUCCACAAUCUGAUCCUGGAAGAGGACCUAGCAAACGUGGUGUAGGUCUUUCUUUUGGUGGAGAUGUGACAAAAAGAUUCUUGAAGGAUAAUAAUCUUGAUUUAAUUGUGAGGUCUCACGAGGUGAAAGAUGAUGGUUAUGAAAUCGAACAUGAUGGGAAACUCAUCACUGUUUUUUCUGCUCCAAAUUACUGUGACCAGAUGGGCAACAAAGGUGCUUUCAUUCGUUUUGAAGCUCCCGUUAUGGAGCCAAAGAUUGUAACGUUUUCAGCUGUGCCACAUCCGGAUGUGAAGCCGAUGGCCUACGCAAGCAACUUUCUACGCAUGUUCUCUUAGUGUUAUCUUUUUGACACAUAGAAUAGGUGGUUUCUCACAUCUAUAAAUGCACAUAAAUAUGUGGAACCUCAUAGUUUUUUUAUCUUGAUAAGUUUAUAUCAAAUUUUGAUGUAGCUUUAUUUAUUUAUUUAUUUUUUCAUGCAAAGUCGAUUUGCAAUAGAAAAAAGAAUUAAUACAUUAAGAGCUGAGUAAUAUAAGUAGAUUUUCUGCGGCCGAUAAGGGAAAUCCAAAGUACAUGUCUGAAUAGAGAAAAGUGGGAUGUAGCGUGUAGAUUCCAUUUGAACAAGAAGAUUAUCCAAAUUAGAAUAUUGUAAGAUGACAUAUGUAGUAAG